GUUGGCUCAACAAAUACCACCCAACCGACAAUGAACCCAUCAAGAAACCUCUUCCGCCUGUCGUCUCGCGUGACUGCUUUCUCUCCAAUUCGCACGCAGGCGCCAAUUGUAUGGAGACGCAACUUGUCCGAUGAACUCAAGAGUAAGAUCGACAAGGCCGUCAAGGAGCAUGAUGUGCUAGUUUUUAUGAAGGGCAACAAGGAAGCGCCACAGUGUGGCUUCAGUAGAGCAGUAGUACAAGUGCUGCAGAUUCAGGGAGUCCAGGACUUUAAAACCGUUAACGUACUCGCUGACGAUGAGGUUCGAGCAGGAAUCAAGGAAUAUACAUCCUGGCCAACGAUUCCACAAGUUUUUGUCAAAGGUGAAUUCGUGGGCGGAUGUGAUAUUAUGAUCAACAUGCAUCAGAGCGGAGAGCUGGACCAAUUGUUGAGAGACAAGGGCGUCAUCAAGGCGGAACAGGGUGAGCAGGGGACAGAGGCGGCCUAAUUGUAGCUCGUGGAGAGUCAGAAUGUAGGUUAGGAACAUAGCGCAAUUGAACAGCAUCAUAGACUGGCAAGGUUGUCCUUUAGCGAUAGCGGGCCCACUCAUAUUAAGAUUUCACUUCCAUAUAAAUUUCACAGACGGUUCUGUUUUCAAUAUUUCGUCCAACUCGCGCGCAUUGCAUCCCAGGAUGGUACAUAACUCAUCAUAA